AUGUCUUAUCUCAAAUCCUUCAUGGCAAGCCAGAAGGAGGAACAAUAUGGCCGCCUCAUGCAUGACGAUGAAGAGAGCGAGAGUUCAGACAAGAUUCCUCUUCCAAGACCUCGCGGCAGAGGCAGAAUCUCUUCUCUAAGCUGCUUGAUCGUAUCGAACAUUGUUUUGGUGCUCGUCGUUCUAGGACUGCUGGCUCGAAACUAUCACCAAACCUCCGAAUCAACUAUAUCAAUCCCUUAUACUGGAGUUAGCCCUGCACAGCUACUCCAGAACCAGAUUGGUGUCGCCUCGCAUGUCGUUCAGACCUAUCGAUUCUAUGAGGAGAAUAUCGAUGACAUGGACUUUCUGAAGGGCGACCCCUACUGGAGCGCCUUAUUUCCUAAGGGAGAUGGGCAAGUUUUGCUUGAGGACGAGAUUGUGGAGUCCUACAAACUGCCGCCGUCCAUCAGAAUUCCGGCCAAACAAAACCUUACUGCUUACUUCAUGGCGGGGUACCAUUCCCUACACUGCAUUGCGGGCAUUAGACAGGUACUAGGCCAAUUCAUGGCAGCGCAUAUCACAGGUGGGGACUACAACAUCACUGAGCACAAAUGGCAACACACGGUGCAUUGCUUGGCGGACUUGCGUCAGGUAUUGUUUUGUAACUUUGAUGAGACUCUUUUGGCCUUCGAAGAACAUAUUCACCCUGGAUACCACCAACAGAAGGUGUGUAAAAACAUGGCUCCUAUCGAUGAAUGGUUGGAGUAUAAUUACAUUGGAAAGUUCUAA